GAGGGAGGGAGGGAGGGAGGAGGAUAAAGAGGAGGGGGAAGAGUGGCAGGUUUUGUACAGCUGCUGAUGCCAGAGUCUCAGAGUGAGACAGACUGAGGGGGAUCUGAGGAGUGGAGAGCUGGCACGUGCGGAGCUGUGUCUGCAAGUUGUGGGCAAAGAGCAGAGAAAACAGGUACCCAGUCGCACACAGCAGGACAGAUGAGGAGACAUCAAGGACCACGCUUCAGUCCUGGGUGUAUGGUGUACUGACCCUGCCUACCACAGGCAAGGAGUCAGAGGACCAGGGCCAUGACUGGCUCUCCUGGCCCUGGUGGGGGUGCCUUUGUGCCUUGGCCAAGGGUGUGGCAAUGGGUCCUGACAGCUUCUCUGGUUGCAAUGGUAACACUGAUGUUACCAGGAAGUGGCCAGGCCUGUCCACCACGGUGUGAGUGCUCAGCUCAGCUGAGGUCAGUGUCAUGCCAGCGGCGGAGGCUCACCAACAUCCCAGAGGGCAUCCCCACUGAGACACAGCUCCUGGACCUCAGCAAAAACCGGCUCCGCUGGGUACAGGCGGGUGACCUGGCACCAUACCCACGACUGGAGGAAGUGGAUCUCGGUGAGAACCUCAUCACCACAUUAGAGCCCAAUGCCUUUGCCUCCCUCCCGAGUCUUAAAGUGUUAAAGCUGAGGGGAAACCAGCUGAAGUUGGUGCCCAUGGGGGCUUUCGCCAAGCUGGGCAAUCUGACCAGCCUGGAUCUGAGUGAGAACAAGUUGGUGAUUUUAUUGGACUACACCUUCCAAGAUCUGAGGAGUUUGAAACAUCUGGAGGUGGGAGACAACGAGCUGGUUUACAUAUCCCAUAAGGCAUUUUCAGGGUUAUUGGGGCUGGAGGAUCUCACAAUACAGCACUGCAACCUGACAUCCAUCUCUGGCCAGACACUGUCCUAUCUCCGCAGCCUGGUCACUCUUCGCCUCCAUCACCUCAGCAUUGCUGCCCUGGAGGACCAGAACUUCCGCAAGCUCUCCAACCUGCGGGGUCUGGACAUUGACCAUUGGCCAUACUUAGAGUAUAUCUCCCCACUCAGUUUCCAGGGUUUGGACCUUCGCUGGCUCUCCAUCACCAACACCAACAUCACCUCUGUCCCUUCCACCUCCUUCAAGAACCUGGUGCACCUCACCCACCUCAAUCUUUCCUACAAUCCCAUCAAUACACUAGAGCCCUGGGCCUUUAAAGACCUGCUGAGGCUGAAGGAGCUCAUCAUGGUAAACACAGGGUUGAUGACAGUAGAGCCCCAUGCCCUUGGAGGCCUACGACAGAUCCGGGUCCUCAAUUUCUCCUCCAACGACUUGCAGACUCUGGAAGAGGGCUCCUUUCACUCUGUCAACAGCCUUGAGACCCUCAGAGUGGAUGGGAACCCCCUGAUGUGUGACUGCCGUCUAUUGUGGAUCCUGCAAAGACGCAAGACCCUCAACUUUGACGGCAGAGUGCCGGUGUGUGCAGGGCCGGUGGAGGUGCAGGGGGUCAGCCUCAGCACCUUCACCGAUUCUGCACUCUUCGAUCACUUUACAUGCCAGAAACCUAAGAUACGCAAUCGCAAGAUGCAGCAGGUGAUUGCUCGUGAGGGCCAGCCUGUGCGAUUUCUGUGUCGAGCUGAAGGAGAACCUCCACCUUCUAUUAUAUGGAUUUCCCCACAACGCAGACGGAUCACCACAAAGACCUUGGGGCGUAUUACUGUCCUGCCUAGUGGCACCCUGGAGAUUCGCUAUGCCCAGCUCACUGACAGCGGAACAUACAUCUGCAUUGCCAGUAAUGCCGGGGGCAAUGACACCUACUUCGCCACACUCACCGUGCGUGGCCAGCCACUAGACGCCGCCUCAGCCUUUUUUCUCAACCGCUCGCUCUAUAGCAGCGAGUUCUUUAAUGACACAAAUCUGAAUAGCACACGUGUUUUCCUCAAGUUCACCUUGGACCUGACCACCAUCUUGGUCUCCACGGCAAUGGGUUGCAUCACAUUCCUGGGAGUGGUCCUCUUCUGUUUCCUGCUGUUGUUCGUGUGGAGCCGAGGACGCGGCCAACGCAAGAACAACUUCACAGUGGAGUACUCUUUCCGGAAAUCUGAACCCGCCACUGGGGGCACCUCAGGAGGGACCAGAAAGUUCAACAUGAAAAUGAUAUGAAACAACGCAGCCAGGGGUCCUUCGGGGGAGGCAUGAGCACGUCCCAAAAACGUGUUUGACACACGCAAACGCACACAGCCACUGACUCGCAAAGAAGCUUGAAAGCACAAUUUAGGUUCCUGUUCAUGGCUCCAUUCCCAAUUGAGUGCCCACAUUAAAACCAGAGCCAUGGCAUGACUUGCAUAAAUUUGUGAACGACAACAAAAUGAUCCUGACCUGUCUGUUUCAGUGGUUUUAUUCAGCAUGUGAUGAAAACAUGUUUGAGUGACCCUAGAGUAUUGAUAAACUUCAUGCAGCUGCUUGUCAUCCAUGCUUGAGGAGAAAAACAAAAUUUAAGCACUAUAGGCGAUAAGAUGUGAAUUGAUCACCGAGCUGUGGAAUAUUGGUAGUCAUGUCUCGCAAUUAAUUGCUAAAGUUUUUGUCUUUCCAUCAAAAUUUCCCUUUACUGCAUUCUCUGUACUAAAGGGAAAUAAAGGGAAGUUCAGAGACCUGGCUACCAUCCAUUUGUAGAAUUCUUAACCAUGCUCUUUAAAGUCUGCCUUGUAAAGAGUCAUGCAUGUGGAGUUGCAGUUGAGAGUUAAGUUGUAAAUUCAUACCACUGAAUAAAACACAUGGUUUUCUGUAGAUAAAUUCAGUAUAACAGAUAAUUUUAUGUACUCUGACCGCAGCUCAACAGUGAGGAGAAUUACAGUAUAUUGGGUCAACUGUUUCAUUAACAUUAUCACAUGCCGUUUGUUGAAUGAACCAAAGCUUAGUGGAUGUAGAAUAUGAUCAGACAAUCUGGUCAGAAGGAGUGGAUAUGGAUCAAUCAUAUGUCAGUAAAUCAAAUAAAACUUGAUCUGGCCUAUGCUUUGCAAACUUUUGCGACAUUAGCUGUGUGAGUUUGGGACGAGCGCACUAUCCGUGAGCUGCUGUGGCUGCCCGUUGCCCGGAGGGUUUGGUUAGGAAGUCAAGUGCUUCGUACACGGGCAGCUACAGAAACCAUAGCAACCAAUGCAGUAGAGGGCAAGGGGGACCAGGCUGGUGGCCAUGUGAGGGUCACUUGGCAGAAGGGGAGGGAAGAAAGAGGUCAACAUGUUCUCUGCUUGCUCUCCCUCAGAUCACAAGCCCAGGGACGACCCAGCAGCCUCCACCUUUGGUCCCUGCCCUCUGCUGUGUUGGUAGACGUCUGACCUUCACAGUGCUGCCAGGGGGGAGCAGCCUGGAGAGUCAGGUUAUACUCAGAGACAGAGAAAGGACACACGGUGACACUAUGGAGGUGUUCACAACACUGACAUCGACACACUCAUCUAGGUCGUAGACACCUCGCGCAACAACACGUGUAUAGCACCUUUUCUCAGGAGAAGAGAAUUAACGAGCCAACAGAGCAAAUACAAUGACACAUACUCUGCUAAAAUCUUACCCUUCCUAACUUAGCAAUACUGAAUCAUAAAGCCAAAAUCAUUCUCCUAGAGAGAAUCAACAUGUGACUGAAGAAACAAAGCCAUAGAAUGUAUGUUGUUGUUUUUUAUAUCCAGUAGUUGAUGUGCAUGAUUUAAUUAAUGAUAGUUAUUGUCACUGCCAUUUUACAAGCUGUUGUGACGAUGACAAGACCAUCUGCUAUCACAAGGCUUCAUAGCGAUGGUGCCUCAUAACACGCGCACAUUUGCACUAAAAACCACCAUCAAGAUUGAAGGAAGAGCAAACACCUUCACACAUGACUUAACAAACAAAUUAACGACGCACCACACGAGUGAAACUGACUGAUCUCUCUCUGUCUCUGAGACGGUCGGUGUGCGAAUGUCUCUGCCCCCCUAGCCCAGUGCAUCCCCCCUCCUCACCCCCACUCCCCACCACACACCCCCACUGGGUCCUCCUUUGGGAGGGGUCCCUGGCUGGAGACCAAGGAAUUAAAAUGUAAAUGAAGUCGUGUCAACCCUACCCACGCCAUGUGCAUUGUAUAGUGGAGAGUAGUACUGUGGUUUCAAAAAACAAAAAGACAAAAAAAGUUUCAUUUGAAGUGUUAUUUUGCCUCCUGUUUGUCCUCCAUUUUGUUUCACUCAUUUGUUGUUUACCGUGACCUUUUGGCUGUCUCCCCUUUUAGAGCUCCCUGUCCACUGUGCGGCACUGUUCUGUUCUCAAGGCUGUUCACAACGCACCCGAAACCAGGCAGAACAAAAUCUUUAAUCAAGAAACAGCUGUCUCCCAUCUGUAGAAGUUAAAUUCUAAGAGCAAAGGAAGGAGUUUACGCAGUGAUGCAUUCAGUAUGUUUACGUGAGAUUAGAAUAAAGAUGCAUGUAAACAUGUAAGUCUACCUGAAACUGUACUAAAUCUAAUUUCUCAACGUCAGACUAACACACAGAUUAUGCAAUUGGGAGUAAAACAAUUCUUGUAUGUCUCCAUUCCACCCAAGAUGGACUGCCAACAGUUCCCACCCCUGGCUUAUACCUGGAAAUAAUAUAGGAAGAAGAAUAAGACAACAUUUUAAAGUUCAUCAAUGGCAAAAAGACUCAGGUCAAGCAAGUUUAUAGCCAAUCCAACAGAUGUAGGGUGUUGGGACCUGUCAAACCUGAAAAUCAAUCAUUUUAUUUCCAUGGUGAAAUGACGAUUAUUGAUAUUUCUAGUAGCCUCAGGACCUCCCAACAGAAAGUUUGGCAUGUUUGAUUGUUCUUUUCUUCUGCGUUCUAUGACAAGUUCCCUCACAUCAGUGAACAAUUACAGUUCUGAGCGCUCUGCAGAUACAAAGGUACAGUAAUACAAACUGACAUAGCGAAAGAUGAGUGAUCCACCAAGUGUUCUUUUUGAAGGAUUGACAGUUCGACCUUUCCACUUCUCGCUACCCAACACAGCGAGUAUCAUGCUUUGAACGCCAUUGUUUGUUUACAGUCUUCUUUCUAGGUAUUGUCUAGCCCCGCCCCCAUGGUCCAGCCCCUCUUCCUCUUAACAUCAUCAUGUCUUGAUGAUUGAUCGGAUCAGGAACCAUCAUGUGGUCUGCCAUGUCUGACGAUCAUGCGAUAUAGUGAAGAUCAUGUUGUCUGAUCUUGGCAUUAUUCAGUGUAGAUUUUGAUUCCACCACAACUUUACCGAGUGUAACUACAUAAGGUUUACUUCAUUUUAAAGGGUCCUACUUUGAAAGCAUAAAUUCAUCACUAUUUAAAUAGCUUGGAAAUAACGAGUGAGCCUCAGCUCUCAAAAUAAAUCAUGCAAAUCCAUUCUUGUACCUUAAGAGAAAUGAUGAAACCCCAACUUCUGUGUCAGGAUGAAUAACUGAACAGUUGUUAAAGAUUCAUGGGGCCGAAUGAGAACAGAUGAAUUUAUUGUCCUGGUUUUUAGAUCGCCAUUUUUUAGUUCGCUCAGUGUUGAGAACAGUACAUUGUCAUCAUGGACAACUUCCCUCUCCCACUUCAGGUCCCUCUGUGUUUCCAUUCCCCGGUAUUUGUCAGUGGAAAGUAGGUUUAGAGGACAAUGAGAAUGUCUAGUGAUUGUUGAUGGUGUUAUUGUGUAAGCAUCAUUCACAAAUGUAAGCAUAGAUGAUGAUGAUAGUGUGUUUCAUUUUAUCUUCUUCUCUCUCUCCCUCUUUAUACCGUCCUCUUCCCCCUCUUCCUGUUUCCCGUCUAUUUAACAUUUCCAACCCUUGUUGUCCCUGUUCACAGUAUUAGGCUGGAAUAUGGUUGUGUGGUAGUAGACACGUGUUCUGUGUGGUCUGUGAGUCAGUGUUGUUGUGUUAUGAUGUGUUGCUCCUCUUAGUGACAUCAAACAUGGAGCAGUGACCGGAUCAGUGGAGACAAAAGAUGAAAGGGGUGACCCAGGUUCCUAAAAAAAAAAAAAAGAAGAAAAUAAAACAAAAAAAGAUUGAACAUUGAUUCCCAUUUCACACCCUACUCAUUCCUGGAAACAAUAUCUGGAACUUUCCUGCUCUGCACAGUGCCACAAUGGGACCUUACUCUGGAUAUGAAAACUCCUGUAAUGUGACUGUAAUGUAUGUAUUUUUUCUUGUCACACUUUAAAUAUGAAAUGUAGGAAGGGGGUUGUGUGGUUGGAUUGUUGUCAUACUUUUUUAACAAGAAAUGGGUCCACUCAUUUGAGGGUUUGAAAAUCAGCACUUUUAUCUUUCCAAGCUUCAGAAAUUCUUGAAGAUUUAAGGGACUUUUUUUUCCAACACAUAAUGAAAGCUCCCAUCCAGCUGAAAUCAUCAAAACGCACAGCCGUCGCCUCAGUGAUUUUGACAGACACAGUGUUUGUAGAAAACCAGUGGAGCUGAGCCUGAUUCAUCGUCUCCACCAUGAUUCGUUAGAAUGUAGGCUAAGCAAUUCCCUCCUCCCAUCUGCAGCUCAUCCUUGCCUCGGGUUGGUGUGUCGUGGUCUAGACGCCUCAUUUACAGCAGCAGAAAUAUUAGGGAUCCCUUCCACUGGGGAACCUUUAAUAGACACAACCCAAAAUAAAACAAACCUUAGGCUCCAGUCGUCAUGACAUCAUCACCAGCCAAGACUGUAUGAUUCUUUAUUUAGUUUACAAUAGCAUUUGUCUCAAUUUUAAAACUGCAUUUCUACAGCCUUAGUCUCCUGUCAUCUGUGGCUCCAAAUGAGCUCUAAAUGAAUCCAUCUCUUCCUCCACAUCAUACAGCUGCUGUUCUGAUUGGAUUAGACUUGAGUUGAAUUACCCAAGCUGAGAGGAGCGGUAAUGGGAUGGCGGAGAUGUUAGCUUGUCUGACUGGGUGAUUACUUGGCUUAUUAGGCUCAUUUCCAUAACAGACCACUCCAGCAACAGAACACGGGUGUCAUGCAAACACUGCAGGCUGGAUUUAUGGCGUUAAUUCACCUUUUCACAUCUGUUGAACAGAGAUGUUACUGAUGUCGAUGGUUUCCUUUAAUUGGCCACGAUAAUGCAAAUGGCUACAUUCAUGUGUGGUUGGACAUGAUUGUUUGAAGCACAUUGGACAGAUAACUGCUUCAUCUCAACCUUGACUGUAAAAUGCAAAUAACCCCUCGCCCCUUUCUACGUGACAAUACUGACUCCCAGUGGGCAACAAGAGUAACAACAAAAAUGGUACCAUACCGUUUUGCUGAUAAGUGAGCAUAUUGACUGUUAGCUUCAUAUAGCUCAGUGCAUCACUGAUUUUCUUAUAGCCAUAGCGUGAUCUCCUCUCCACUCUGUGUUUUGGGAAAUAUUUUGCAUUCAGACUCCCGUGUGAGGAGAGGUUUUUAUCAGAACAGGCCCCCGUUUGAGCAAAAGCACCAUUACAAAGGCCUGCUUUUAGAUAAACUGAUGGCCCCAAUAAGACAAACAGUAAAUCAUCAUCUAAUAUUGCAGCAUAAUUCUCUCUCUUUGUACGACUGUGAGCGGAUCAGCAAUUGAUCGGCUCCGUCAGUCCAGAGGGGGAAAAUGUAUUUCUUGUGGUCUUAUAGCAGGUUUAAUCUAUGCAUGCCUUUUGUACACACUGAUUGGUCUUGCCAAACUCUCACCUACACUCGUACGUAGAGCUAUGGGUGCCAUUGUUGGUGGCCAUGGGACUGGUUGAAAAAGAGCAAAGUGAGACUAUUGAUGUGCUUUGAAUCUGACACAAAUCAAAGCCAGAUGACACGGAUAACACAUGCAUUUACAAAUAUUUAAAGAGAGAGAUUCCCUUUGUCUUUUCAGGAUGACUGAACUUGUGCACACGUCUAUAAAUACACCAAAGUUGUGUUCAGGUGUGUAGGUUAUAGAUAAAGUGAUUGAUAUUCCAAGCAGAAUGCAGGGAGUGAUCAAUGCUGUAUGGGGAUAGGAUUAUUAAUGACAUACUUACAUUGAUUUAUCCUGGACCUUGUCACUGUUCCAGAAUCCUUCUGGAGAAGGAGGAGGUGUGCAGAGUUCUUACAGACCUGGUUGGCACUCAUUCCUAGGUUUCUACCAUGCAUUUUUUAAGACAUUCUCAGUUUAAACGAGAAUUUUUAACGAGAUGGUGCCAUCUUCCAAAUUAAGUGUCCAGGUCUGAUGUAAUCCUCUCUCACCUUCUCCAAAGGGAACUUUCAUUGGUAUAGUAGCUCUGUAUUUGCUGGAAAACAAGCUUGUCUCUAAAAUUCGGCUGCGGUAAAUCCAUCCUCCCUCUGUCUCUGUGGUUUUCUCUUUCUCUUUUUCACUCUCCCUUUCUCUCUCUUUCUCUCUCGCAAUCAAACUGGCACUGACUCGUAAAACACAUUUUUAUCAAUCUCUCUCAUUUUUUACAUUCAUACGUGUUUGAAUGUAAAUCUUGUAUACGGCUGUAGUUGAAGUCCGAAACCUAGGAAUGAGUGCCUCAGUUAAAUGCAGAGCUACUAUAAAGACAACUUGUUUAAUUGCAUAGUGUCAACCGGUUCAAGAUUGAAGCAUAUGACUGACUCACAUUAUUGACUGUUAUACAGUAAGUAAGUAAAUUGGAGUCUCCCCCUUCACAAACAUGUGACUGUACCCUAGUCAUUGCAGUUAUAUUUUGGACGUGUGGAUCCUUGGAACUGAAGAACAGAAACUGUAUAUAUUAGGUCAAUUAGCCAUAUCACGUCAUCUAAUCUGUAGACCUCCUUGCCAUGUCUGACAGAGGAAAAUGACUGUUGAACUGUAAAUACUGUAGGUGUAGAAAUAUAGGAUUUAAUUACUGCUUCUUUUCUCCAGGGAUCGCCCACGUUUUGCUUAGUCCCAUGGCUGCUCGGUCUCAAGGGGGAAAGAUAAAACAAUAAUGUACUUGUCUAAAAAGCAAGAGUUGUUUUUUUAAUUAUUAUUAUUUCAAUAUUUGUUUUAUAUACUGUCUGUCUUGUAAAUGAACUCCUUUUCCGUCAUAAAAGCAUGAUGUGACCUGUG